AUUGGAGAUAUCCAACUAGGAAAGACAAGGAGAAAGUGAAAAAUUUAUUUGUUAGUUAUUAUUGCCCUUAUUUUUACCAAAAAUCAGUCCAAUUUAAAACCGAACCAGCCGAAUUAGAUUUAAGAGAGUUUAAGAAUGUAGAAUAUAUUGAUAUCGAGAAAAGAAAUGUUACUGUUUUAGAUAUAACUGGUCUUGAUAGAAUUACAAGAAUGAUGCUUGACGAUCUUUAUGACCCUCGUUACAAUCCAAGAUCUAGACCAUAUAAAGUAAAAGGUUAUACCAAAGAAUUGGCUUGA